AUGGCAAAGAAGAUACCAACCGCUUCCCCAGACUCGUCACUCUCUUCUCCUCCUGAAAAUACCGCGUCAGCUACCGAGACCGCUGCUGUAACCCAGCCAGCAGUAAAUGGCAAGAAAAGAAAGGCCGAGACGACUCCGCGCACAAGGAGGAGUACAGCACAGCAUGUCGAUAUCGAAGAUGACGUUGAGGGUACUGGCGAGUCAUCUGAGCCCAAGCGGCGCGUAACCAAAAAGGCAAAGAUUACAGAAGAGAUGGGAGACGAAGCUGCGGCCCAGGAAAGUGGUGACGGCGAGCGCAAAACGAAGAAAGUCGAGAUGAGAGGGAACAAGAAGGCUGUCGCUACAAAAAAGACCGUAGCAAAAGACCACGUGAUGGAGGGUGAGAUCGAUGCAGAUGGUGACGGCAAGGUCACUGCCAAGACCUCUGUCAAGAAGACUGCAAGAGGCAAGAAGGCGAAGGCCAGUGACGAAGGUAACGACGUCGAAGACAAGCCAAAACCUAAAGCCAAAGCCAAGACCAAGACCGCAAAGAUCGAGCCACCCCGCGCAGAGCGUACCAAAGACAUUAAGCAUCGAAUCGGCGCCCAUGUCAGCAUCGCCGGAGGUGUACACAAUUCCAUCGUUAAUAUGGUAUACAUUGGGGCUAACGCCUUCGCUUUGUUCAUGAAGAACCAGCGUAAAUGGGAGUCUGCCGCUAUGGAUCCAGAACAUGCCGAGUUGUUUAUUCAGGGGUGCAAAGACCAUAGCAUCAACGCUGCGGAGUGUUGUCUGCCCCACGGUUCUUACCUGGUCAAUCUUGCUCACCCCGAUCCUGUCCGCAAGAAGCAGGCGUACGACUCCUUCUUGGAUGACUUGACUCGUUGCCACGCGCUUGGUAUCAGGCUUUACAACUUCCACCCUGGUAAUGCAAAUGCGACUACUCGCGAAGAGGGCAUUCGAAUCAUCGCCGAGAACCUCAACCGGGCGCACGCGGAUCCAACAACUGGUAAGGUCGUCACCGUACUUGAGACAAUGGCAUCUCUCGGUAAUACCAUCGGCGGCACGUUCGCCGACCUCGCUGCCAUCAUCAAUCUCGUCAAUGACAAGAGCCGUGUCGGUGUUUGUUUAGACACUUGUCAUGUCUUCGCUGCUGGCUAUGAUCUACGCUCGCCCGAAGCUUACGCCGAGACUAUUGAGAAGUUCGAUAAGGAGAUUGGGCUAGAGUACCUUAAAGCCUUCCACGUCAACGAUAGUAAGGCUCCAUUGGCAAGUUACCGUGAUAUGCACGCCCGUAUUGGAACCGGAUACUUGGGUCUUCAGGCGUUCCACAACCUGAUGAACGAUGAGCGGUUCUAUGGUCUUCCUAUGGUCCUUGAGACACCUAUCGACACCAUUGACGAGAACGGCAAGAAGGUUGACAAAGGCAUUGAUGCCCGUGAAAUCAAAUUGCUAGAGAGUCUCGUUGGCAUGGAUAACACAUCAGACGACUUCAAAGCGCUCAGUGCGCGUCUCCAAGAUGAGGGUGCAUCCGAGCGCGUGCGCGUUGGUGAUCAAGUGCAGAGGAAGACAAUCAAGGAUGCUAAGCCGAAGAAGAAGCGCGCUGCCAAGAAGAAGGCCGAGGGUGAGGAUGAUGAGGACAUGGAGGAAUAG